AUGUUUCAUAAGUGUCUCCACUUUUUUAAUAUAGGUGUCAGCUGGAACAGUGAAGGAACUGAAUUUAUCACUGCCUUCAUGCAGAACUAUGAAUUCAACAGUUAUUACAAUUAUAUCUUCCAACUUUCCAUCACUGCUCUUAACCCUUCAACAACUGUGCAUGUUAUAAUUUUCAACACAAGUUUUGAUGUUACUCUCACACUUGGAGAAUGGGAAACGGCAACUGUCCCUCUUCCUUCCUCAAUACAACUCAUUGGUACCACACGAUCAUCUACCAGCACAGUUGCAGUAAAAUCUAACAAACCUAUUACCAUACUGUCUGAGAACUAUGAACAAUAUACAGCAGAUACUUCUACUAUUUUACCAGUAAACUAUCUUGGUACAGAAUACUAUAUUUUUGCUCCUAAAGUAGUUUUCAAUACUUUAUUGUCGCAGUUUGUUAUUAUCAACUACAAUAAAACAAAUGACAUUUUUAUUACACUCACAGGCUCCAUUAUUUACAAUGGAUUAAAUUACAAUCCAGGAGAUAAUCUAACAAUUACACUGUCUGCCUUUGAAGCCAUUCAACUACAAAGCUCUGUCAUAUUAACCAGCACUAGAAUUCAUUCUCAGUAUCCUAUUGCUGUGCUUUCUGGGAACAAAUGUAUCAGUUAUAAUUCAGCAUGUGAUCUUGUGUUUGAACAGCUAAUUCCAUUAAUUGACUGGGGUGCAACCUUCCUGGUCUCUUCAGUAGCUGUUAACAGCUAUGCAGAUAUUGUCACAAUUAUAGCUUCACAAAAAACUGACAUACAAUAUACCACUGGAGGAAUAACAAACAAUAUAACACUUCUGGAAGGGAACUACUCAGAAAUCAGUCUGCCUUCAAAUUCUUUCUUAGCUAUGAAUGCCACACAACCGAUCAUGGUAAUGUACACCUACACAGGAGGAAGUGGCAACCAUCCAACAGAUCCAUUUAUAAUGAAUGUUAUUCCACUUGAAUCACUUUCUAGUUCCUAUGUUAUCAGUACGGACUUUAAAGUAUACAGCUAUGUACGUGUGAUUGCUAAAAUGUCAAAGCUGUUAGAAAUCUUCAGUAGUAAUCAAGCUGUCUCCUAUACUCCGGCCUGGAAUAUUAUAAAUGGGACUAAUUACUCCUGGACAGAUAUUGUACUGGGUUCGGUUAACCAGAGCUUUAUUUUACAACACUGCUCCUCAACCUUUGCAGCUUACAUCUAUGGCACAGGGAGUUCAGUAUCAAUUGGCACAAUUGCACCUGCAAUAAACAGGAGCCACCAAUGUGAAACUGCUGAUGUGACAGUACGUUCUAUGGCUAAUGGAUCAGUAUUUGUUAACUGGACUAAUGAUGCCUGCGCUGAGAACUACAUACUCACGCUCACAAAAUCUGAUAAUCCAGCAUUCACAGAAGAGAAAGUUAUUAAUGGAAGUUCAACAGUAUUUACGGGACAGUAUGCUAGUUCUGACUACUUUAUAGCAAUUCAAGCCAUGAUCAGAGAUAUCACAUGCCUCCCUCUUCUAAAACCGUUUACACAUUUUGACUUCUCUUGGAGCAGUGCUGGAACGCAGUUCAUUACUGCAUUUGUACAGAACAAUAUUAAUUCGAAUCUAGAAGUUUCCCACUUGGCAAUCACUGCCCUUAGUCCAUCAACAUCUGUUCAGGUUAUCAUAUAUAACACAAGUUUUGAAGAUGCUCUCACACUUGGAGAAGGAGAAACAUCAUUCGUCAAUAUUCCUGCUUGGGCAGAACUCCGUGGUACCAUAUUAUCUUCUCACAGCACAGUCAUUGUAAGAUCUGACAAACCCAUCACUGUAUUAUCAUUUAGCUAUAAGUAUGCAACUGCAGAUUCUGCUAAUAUUUUCCCAGUGGAUACCCUUGGUACAGAAUAUUAUGUUUUUGCUCCAAUAGGAGGCUACGGGAUGUCAGAGUUUGCAGUCAUUAACUAUAAUCAGACCAAUGAACUCCAGAUCACAGUUGCAGGUGCUCUUGUGUAUAAUGGAUCAAAUUACAAUUCAGGAGAUAACAUAACUCUGGUGUUAUCAGCAUUUGAUGUCAUUCAGUUACAAAGUACCACUGUCCUAACUGGAACUAGAAUUCAGUCAGAGUAUCCUGUUGCUGUGUUGUCUGGAAACAACUGUGACAGGUAUAAUGGUGCCUGUGAUGUUAUGUUUGAACAAUUGCUUCCUGUAAACGAAUGGGGAAAAAAAUUCCUAGUAGCAUCCAUAGCUGUUCAAGGUUAUACAGAUAUUGUCACUGUUGUAGCUUCACAAAGAACUGAAAUAAGCUACAGCACUGGAAACUGGAGUAACAGUAUAGAACUUCAUCAAGGGCAAAGUACAACAAUCAGUCUGUCUUCAUCUUCCUCCCUGUACCUCAAUGCCACAGAACCGGUUAUGGUAAUGUAUACCUUUACAGGUGGAUAUUACAAUUGGGAUACAGUUGAUCCAUUUGUAAUGAACAUCCUUCCAUUUGAAUCAUUUUCCAGUUCCUACAUUAUUAACACAGAAAAUAAUUUCAGUAACUACAUUCAGCUGAUCGCUGAAGCAUCAGUGAUUUCUGAAAUUCUGCAGAGCAACAAUCUUCUCUCAAAUGCCAGCAUACAAGGCAAUGUUCCUAUGACUGACUAUGCUUGGGCAAAGAUUGAACUCGGGCAAAGAAACAACAGCUUCAUUAUAAAACACUGCUCAGCAUUCGCAGUCUAUAUGUAUGGAACCUUGAGUUCUACAGGCUUUGGAACCACUGCAUUGGCUAUUAAUGGUACUCACCUAUGUGACAGCCUGGAUUUGACAGUAACCUCAAUGGCCAAUGGUGCAAUCCAGGCUAAUUGGACUAAAGUUCAGUGUGUUGACAGCUACCUUCUCCAACUUAACAAAGCAGAUAAUUCCUCUGUGUUAGAACAGAAAAUCGUCAGUGGAAGCUCAAUGAUAUUCACUGGACCUUACGAUCAUUCAGUCUAUAAUGUAACAUUAUGGACUAUGCAUUCAUAUGAACAAUGCCCUCCACUGGAAAAACAAGUUACACAUUUUGGUAAAAAAGCAACAGUCAUUGCAAAAGCUGAAGUGCUCGCAAUUGGAAGAGAACCGAUAGAUGAUAAAGUUUUAAAAAAUGCAGUGGAAAAUGAACUAUACAACGUUUUAAAGCCAAAACUGCAUCAAUUUGUAAAAGUCAGAGUGAUACAAGUGUGAACAAUGUUAAAUGGGCAGAAGAAUGAACUGCUAAAGAUUAAACUGUUACAGCCACUAUACUUCUGAUAAAGUAAUAACUAUGCAAAUGAAAAGGAAAUCAAAAACGUGAAGGAAGAUGCUUCUCUAAAAAGCCCUUUUCAGCAAGGGCUAAGAAAAGUGUACAUUAAAAUAAUGUUGUUUUUACUUAUCUUUGUAAUUAAAAUGACAUAUUUUUAGAAACUUUUAUAAAAUUAAGUUUUGAUUUGAAAGUUUACACGAUUAAGUUCAUUAGUAAUGUGUAAACAGUAUCACAGAUUUGGUGGGUAUAAUGUGAAAAAUACUUUUAUAAUGUAUAUCUGGGUAUUUAUCUUCUUUCCAGUUUUUUAUCCUUUGCAGAUUUCUUUUGUAGGCAAGGCAAUGGUUAUUUUACUGUGUAGUAUCAUUUUUUGCAUAUCUGUAAAAAAAAAAAACAGAAAAAAUAGAGGUGAUUGUUUUAUAGAGCUUUUUUGAUACAUGAACAGUAGAAUGUAUGUAAGUGUGCACAUUUACUGUUGCAGAAACACACAC